AUGUCGACCAAAGAGGAAGGGUCACCGAGUACUGUCGCUGAGCACGAAGAUGAGGAAGUCUGGAGUGGUGAUGAUGACGACGUUCAAGACAGCGGCCACAGGCGCAAACGAGUGAAGAGUCAGCCGGUUUCUGUAAGCUGUGAGAAGUGUAAAGAACGCAAAGUCAAAUGUGAUCGAAUCCAUCCUCAAUGCGGCUGGUGCCUGCGGAAUGGCCAGAUCUGCGAGUAUAAGGAGCGCAAGAAACCUGGACUGCGUGCGGGUUAUGGCAGGGAGCUCGAAUCUCGACUAGACAAGCUAGAAGGUGUGCUGCAGUCGCAGCAGACUGUGUUGCAGCAGCUUGUCACCUACCUACCAGCAACGCAGACUUCACCAAGCGAUCUGUCCGCAUCCACUCGCUCUAACCACGUUCCACAAGCCGAGACGGCGCUGUUCAUGCAGACGCCUCAGAUGUAUCAGGUUACUUCUGAUCUCCCACAGUACGGCACGAUAGACUCGAUGACAACAUCGACGAGUAAUCAACGAAGAGACCGUUACGCUCAACACCCCAGCGUGCCCCAUGCUGGUCCACCGGGCUCUGGUGACGUGUACACAAAUACAGACCCACCUCUGGCCUCUCCAAGUCUCAACAUAGCAGGCUCGACGCAGCCUACCUUUGCGUCGACCGUCGGCAGCGACCAUGAUUUUCCGCCGUACGAUCUGUUGUAUGCUCUAGCAGAUUUGUUCUUCAAGCACGUCAACACGUGGUGUCCUAUCCUCCACAGACGAACAACGCUGGACUCAUUGUUCGGACCGUCUGCACUGGAAGAAGCAGAUCGUAUCCUUCUUCAUGCAAUUGUCGCUACGACUUUGCGAUUCUCCACGGAUCUUCGGUUGAGUAGUGAGCUUAGAGAUAGAUAUCAUUCUGUGUCGAAACAAAAGGUACUACUCUACGGCCUAGAGAACAGCUCCGUCAAAGCAUUGCAAGCACUUGUCAUACUUGCGCUCGACAUCGUUGGGGACUCAAACGGACCACCUGGCUGGAACCUGCUUGCACUCAUUACCAGGAGCGUGGUACAGCUCGGGCUAGCGGUAGAGACGACAUCUGCUUCUGUGGCUCCACUUUACCCGUCAAUCUACACGCUACGCGCAAUGGUUCUGCCAGAACCGGAGUCCUUCAUCGAAGACGAAAGCAGACGACGGCUGUUCUGGACUGUGUAUCUUCUCGAUCGAUAUGCUACCAUCUCCACAGCAUUUGAGUUCGCUCUAGAUAACAAAGAGAUUGAUCGCAAGCUACCAUGCCGGGACGAUUUACUCUCACGGAACCAACCUGUGGAGACUAAAUGGUUCCCAAGCGCCGAACGCUCAGGUUACAGUACGAACAUGCCCGAGAACCUAGGAUCGCUCAGCUACUACAUCGAGGUCAUGGGUAUCAUGUCGCAAAUACACAUCUUCUUGAAGAAGCCGGUCGACAUCGGCGCACUCUCGGAUGUCGAGCAGUGGCAAUCAGGGUACCGUCAGCUGGAUAACAAGCUGAAUUCUUGGAAGUUUGGACUCCCUAGCGAAUACGGCAAUAUGUCUCGAGUCUUCAGCUCGACAGGCAGCAACAAGCUUGUCAAUUGCAUCUGGAUAAUGCUACAUAUAACAUAUCACACCGCGGUCAUCCGUCUGCACUCUUCAGCCGCAUAUCCUACUACACGCUCGCCGAUCUUCACUCCGAGCUUUAGUGCUUCACAGCGAUGCCACACCGCCGUGGAGGAUAUCUGCGCACUGAAUACAUAUGCGAAGAGUAACGGUCUCCUAGACAAGCUGGGGCCACCUUUCGCUUUCAGCUUGUGGGUCGCUGCACGUCUGCUCCUUGUCCAUGGAUCAACCAUUGACCACAAGGUCAAUCCAGCGAUUCAGCCCCUCGUGGAGACCUUGAGGGAGAUGGGCGUCUACUGGAAGGUGGCCGAAAGGUACGCCGGCCUACUUUCUAGAGUCCUGGAAGAGUAUUCAGACUCCGAGCGUGCGCCAGUGGGUGCCAAUGGCCUGCGUGAAACGCCUUCCACUGUUCGCAUACUAGCAGACAUGCGCCGCACGGCCUUUGAUCUCGACUUUCUGAUUAGUCGCCAGCCACGGCAGUACUUUGGCGGGAGGACGAACACGGUCACUCCUGCUAGGACGCCAGCGCCGAAUGAGCUUGAGUACCUCGAUGUCUUCGACUUCUUCAAUAUGCCUAGACUGCCAUACUCAGCUGGUGGCGACGUCAAUCUCGCCUCGCAAAAUAUCAGCGGCGAUAGUGCUCCUGGGAUGGGCAUGAUGGAUUUAGGAACCAGCAAUGAGUUCAACAUCCAGAACUUCGUCUUUGAUGCCAAUAGCGAUUGGUUCAUGAAGAAUGCUUCGUGA